AUGGAUGACGAUUUUGGCGCCGACGACGACUUUAUUGCUGCCCUCGCUUCAUCAGAUUCGGGCCCUUCACGACUCCAUGCUCAGCCUGUUCGUCACAGAGCUCAACAACCAGCUCCCCAGAAGAUUCAGCAGCCAAUACCUCAACGUCUAGAUAGAGCACCACCGGCUAGCUCAUCCAGUAGCAAGAUCGUUCAGCCGACACCGCAAGCCCUACCCCAGCGAGGAUCAGGGUCCGCCAUCUUAGUAUCUCCUCGCCAGAGAGGAAAUCCUGUGCUCGCGUCUAUAAAGUCUAUGCCGUGGGAGUACAGUGAUAUCGCAGCUGAUUAUAGCUUGGGUACAACAACAUGCGCCUUGUUCUUAAGCUUGAAGUACCACCGCCUGCACCCCGAAUACAUCUAUACAAGAAUAAGGAACCUUCAAGGCAAAUAUAAUCUGCGCAUUCUUCUCACCAUGGUCGACAUCUCGAACCACGAGGAACCUUUACGCGAGUUGUCCAAAACGUCGCUCGUGAAUAAUGUCACGAUUAUUCUCUGCUGGUCCGCUGCUGAGGCUGCUCGCUAUCUCGAAUUAUACAAAUCCUAUGAGCACGCUAAUUUCAAUGCGAUUCGUGGGCAGCAAGCUUCAAGUUAUGCCGAAAAGCUCGUCGAAUUCGUUACAAUACCUCGGAGCGUAAACAAGUCUGAUGCUGUGGCGCUAGUCAGCAACUUUGGCAGCUUAAAGAAUGCCAUAAACGCCGACCCCGAACAAAUUGGCAUUAUCGCGGGAUGGGGAGCUGUCAAAGUUAAUAAAUGGACUAGCGCUGUAGAGGAGCCCUUCCGGGCUAAGAAUGCCGCCAAACGGCAGCUUGAUCGGGUUGAAAACACCGAGGAAGGAAGAACGGCCCAAACCUCGAGAUUAGAUCAAGCCCUUCCUCUCAGCAGAAUCCCAUUACGGGAGAUGGAGUCUGCAAGAGAGUCACUGCAGGGCUUGGCCGCCACGGGCACCAUGACAGGCAAUCCAACGAAGCGCUCCGCACAGUUUUCCCCAAAGAAUAUUCCGGAUGUUGACCAGGAUGACGAGGAGGCAUUGAUUGCUGCUGUCAUUGAGGAAUCCAACAAAACGCCGCUCGGGGACGCAGAAGCACAGACUUCAACGAAUAAGUCAAACGACGGGAGUACCGAAAGUGACGCUCUCCCUGAUGGGGUUGCCGCCGCACUUGCAAAGCUACGAAAGCAAGGCUAA